CAUGGUUUGACGAUGACUUUCAACGGCCAGGGAUGGCAUGCCUUGACAUUAAAAACUGUCACCCACGCAGCCCUUCAACCUACAUGCUUAAUCUUUGUCUGAUUAUUCUCCAGUACGAUGCGAAGACAAAGAAACUUUGAUCCUGAACCUCCAGUUCACUACCAAAGGGAAGUGAAGAAAGUAUCGCCAACCGCUGCACGGCAUACCUCAGAGGUAUCCUCGUCAUAUGGAACAGGUCUAGAAGAGAAUUUGUCAGAUCAGGCUGGCUUGCUGUACGAAGCGGCCGGGGGGAUCUCCAGAGUUCCGGGAAAGCCUUAAUUGGGAGAUCGUCUGUUUUGAUUCCUGAAUGGGGACUUUAGGAGCGCGCAAGUCCUGCAAAGCAGAGCUGUGAUCUAUCACUCCGUUCCCGGGAGGAGCCGCUAUACUUGUGCUGAAGGAUAAGCGGGGAGAGAGCGCCGACGGACUGGGGGCACUGCUGCUCCUGCUCCUAACAAUGGGUUAGGGAGAGAUACAGAAGCAGUAGAAUUAUCAGUCAAAGAUCCUGGCUGAAAGGGUAAACAAAAGGUACAGUAGAGAUGGAAUUUCAUGGAGUCUUCUUGAUCUCUGCAGUUCAUG